GCACCACUUCACUUCACUAGUUCCAGCGGCGCUCACUAACCUGACUAACUAGUCCAGAGAUGAAGCGGGGCGCUGUGUGUCUCCUCUGCUCUCUCGUCUGCUUCUUCUGCUCUUCUGUUCAGAGCUACCCGAGUCCACUGACAGAUUGUGAUGAUUAUGGAGAUUAUGUUCAGGGCUCGGCUCUCCUAAGCUCUCUGUGUGGUGUGUCGUGGAGGAAUCAGGAUCAGGAGCAGAUCCAGAAUGUCUUCAAGAGGUUUCUCUUUCAUUACUCUAAAGCACAGAACUCGGUGGGUUCAGUGGAGAGACAGUCUCACUCGGUUCAUCCGCUCAUGCGUCUCUCUCCGAAGCUGUCUCUGCGCAGGAAGAAGCAGCAGAGAAGCUGAAGAAGGUUUGUGGCUCGUCUGGAAGACGUCUUCGAGACCUCCUCUGCUCUUCUCUGGGAUUCUGAAUCCUCUUCAAGCUGCUCAAAAACACACCAGAUUUCAUUAAAGUCCCUUUUAAUACAUCGAACCUCGUGCCUGCUGAAUUAUUGCUAAAUCAGGGAGUCUGAGGUUAAACACAGAGAGGAAAUUGAUGGGAAAUUGCCUGUGAUUUAACACCGAGAACAGAAGUCUUCAGAUCCUGUCAAACUGAGCUUUAAAGACCCAUCCAGUCACUUUCAUCACACUCACGCCUUUAAACGCUCCACAACACACACCAGCA